AUGAAAAUAAUCAGAGUCCCAGCCACUUCGGCAAAUCUUGGAUCUGGUUUUGACGUUCUUGGUCUUGCCCUCAGGUCCGCACCGUCAGCUUCUCAACGAUUCGGCAACUUUCUUGAGCUACAAAUAAAGGACUUGGGUCAAGGAAGCUUGAGCUCGGCUCCAUGGAAUUGCGAAAUCAUAUGCCACGGCGAGGGUUCGGAACUACUGAGCUCUUUGGUCCAUGAGAAUUUGGUCACUCAAGUUGCGCUCUAUGUACUACGUUGCCAUGGAAAAGAAGCCUUUCCUUCUGCUACUACAGUCACAUUAAUCACAGCAAUCCCACUCUCGCGAGGUCUGGGAUCUUCAGCUGCUGCUAUAGUUGCUGGAGUAAUGCUAGGCAAUGAAGCAGGCGAUCUAGGUCUAUCUAAGGAAAGGAUGUUUGACUACUGUCUAAUGGUUGAGCGGCAUCCCGAUAACAUCGCCCCUGCUCUCUUUGGUGGCUUUAUCGGAGCAUUUAUGGAUAUCGCCCGUAUAGAGAUACCGCUGAGCGAGGUCUUACCUAAGCUUUCUGGAGAUACAGACACCAGCCUCUUACCCAUUCAUAAGCCGCCUCUAUCGAUUGGAUGCUACCAUCAUUACCGGCUCAAUUCAGAUAUUAAGGCUAUUAUAGUCGUUCCUACUUUUCAUUCGAAUACGGCGGAGGCAAGAAGUCAGCUACCAUAUAGCUACACCCGCGAGGACGUUAUAUUCAAUCUCCAGCGUUGCGCUUUACUUCCCGUUCUACUUGGCGAGAAACCUUUGCGUGCGGCGAAAAUCUCAGAAGCAAUGCGAGACCGGCUCCAUCAACCCUAUCGGACUAAUUUAGUCCCAGGGUUGGGUGAGGUGCUACUAGAGCUUCGAUAUGACAAGUACCCUGGGCUUCUUGGAACUUGCCUUAGUGGUGCCGGGCCAUCUGUAAUGGCAUUGGCAACUCAAAAUUUCGAGACCAUAGCUCAAGCUAUCAUUAUGAUACUAUCGGAAGCCCAGGAUGUUCACUACGAUUGGCAGGUCCUUGAGCUAGAUCCAGACGGAGCCACUUGUAAUGACACAAAUCAAGACUUCUGUCACGUCGAAGAGAGCGAAUCAAGGCUUGUUGGAUGA